AUGGGUGAUGAAUCAUCCAUGGUGCACGCUGCUUCCACAUUGCUCAUCUCUCUCUCCCCCCCCCCCCCCCCCGUCCCAAACCCGCUGCGUCUCCCAGCCCACAGCUGUGGCAAGCCCGCCUAUUUGCCGAACGUUUCCCGUGUUGUCGGGGGAGAAGAUGCCAGACCCCACAGCUGGCCGUGGCAGGUCUCCCUCCAGUACGACAAGAGCGGCGUCUGGGCUCACACGUGUGGCGGGACCCUCAUCGCCUCCGGCUGGGUCUUGACCGCUGCUCACUGCAUCAGCUCCAGUCGGACUUACCGCGUCGUCCUGGGAAAGCAGAACCUCAAGGAGGAAGAGGUGGGUUCGGUGGCUGUCGCUGUGGAGAAGAUGAUCGUGCAUGAGAAAUGGAACUCCUUCCUGAUCAUCAAUGACAUUGCCCUGGUCAAACUCGCCGAGCCCGUGACGCUGAGCGACACAAUCCAGCCCGCUUGCCUGCCCCCUGCAGACAGCUUGCUGCCCCAGGACUACCCCUGCUACGUCACGGGAUGGGGACGCCUCUGGACCAACGGGCCCAUCGCCGACACGCUGCAGCAGGCCCUGCUGCCCGUGGUGGACCAUCAGACUUGCACCCAGAGGGACUGGUGGGGCUCCCAGGUCAAAGACACCAUGGUCUGUGCCGGAGGGGAUGGCGUCGUUUCCGGGUGCAAUGGAGACUCAGGGGGUCCUCUGAACUGCCAGGAGAAAAACAUUUGGGAAGUCCAUGGCAUCGUGAGCUUUGGCUCAGGCUGGAAAUGCAACACUUCCAAGAAACCGACGGUUUUCACCCGGGUGUCUGCAUUCAUCCCUUGGAUCACCGAGGUGAGUCUCUCCUCUUUGCACAGCUGGUCUUGGUUCUUGGAGUGACACAAUCAGCCACACUUCCUUCUCCAU